AUGAGGACCAGAAGGACGUUGACGGUUGUCGUCGGGAUUUUAUUAACGGUGACUGCGUUCACCGGCUGUCUGGCGGAGCUCUACACCGCGCUGGCGGACAUGGAGGAACUGCUGGAGACCGAGUCGGUCCUCAUAGACACGUUGAAUGGGUACAUUAAAGCGCAGGAGGAGCGUCUGGCCACCCUGAGAAAAAACGUGGAGGAUUACGCGAGGGAGCACGAGGAAGCGUCGAGAAACAUUCAGCAGUACCUGUCGAAUCCAAUCAACGCUUAUCUGCUGGUGAAAAGGCUGACCACCGACUGGAAGCGGGUCGAGGAGCUGAUAACCCAGGACGUGGGCAAGUCUUUCGUCGCGAACAUCACCAGCUCACGGAGCGACCUUAAAUUCCCAACUGACGAGGACCUAAACGGCGCGGCAGUCGCUCUGAUGAGGCUGCAGGACACUUACAAACUCGAGACCGCACAGGUCGCAAGGGGCGUGCUUAAUGGGGUCCAGUACAGCACCGGAUUAAGCGCCAGCGACUGCUUCGAGCUUGGACGGCAGUCUUACCACAAUCGUGAUUACUAUCACACGGUGCUGUGGAUGCAGGAGGCUAUGGAUCGACUUCAGGAAGAACAGAACGCCACAACCACAUCGAAACCGGACAUAUUGGAGUAUCUGGCUUUUUCGACGUACAUGCAAGGAAACGUAGCCCGGGCUUUAAGCAUGACGAACGAGCUUUUGGAGCUGGUGCCGACCCACGAGCGGGCUUUGGGCAACCGUGCUUAUUACCAGAAGGAGAUCCAGAGCAAGGCGAGCCAGUCGAAGAAGAAACGGGGCGAGGACGGACAAGACGACACUGCGAUCCCCGAACAACACUUCACCGUCACCGAGGAAAAGGUGAAAACCUGGGACGAGAUGACAGAACGUGAACGUUACGAGAUGCUAUGCCGCGGCGAAGUCUCGAUUCCGCCGAAAAUUCAAAGGAAUCUGAAGUGCCGCUACGUGGACCGUGGAAUUCCGUUUCUGAAGAUCGCGCCGUUCAAGGAGGAGGAAGCGUACUUGGACCCGAGAAUCGUCGUUUACCAUAACGUGAUAUACGACGAGGAGAUCGAGACGAUCAAACGACUGGCGCAACCCAGGUUUAAGCGUGCCACGGUUCAGAACUACAAAACUGGUGCCUUAGAGAUAGCCAAUUAUAGGAUUAGUAAGAGCGCGUGGCUGCAGGAGCACGAGCACAAACACGUGGAGGCGGUUAGCAGACGCGUGGAGCACAUGACGAGCUUGACUGUGGACACCGCGGAGGAACUGCAAGUUGUCAAUUACGGUAUCGGUGGUCACUACGAGCCGCACUUCGAUUUUGCCAGGAAAGAGGAAACGAACGCGUUCAAGAGUCUCGGCACCGGCAACCGCAUUGCUACAGUUCUAUAUUACAUGAGCGAUGUGGAACAAGGUGGCGGUACCGUUUUCACGGCUAUCAACAUCUCUUUGUGGCCGAGGAAGGGCAGCGCCGCGUUUUGGUAUAACUUGAAGCCAAACGGAGAAGGAGAUUUCAAGACCAGACACGCGGCUUGCCCAGUGCUAACUGGAUCGAAAUGGGUGGCAAACAAAUGGUUGCACGAAAGAGGUCAAGAGUUCCUGAGGCCCUGUACCCUAGAGAACCAAGCGGCGGACGAGGCUGACGUCAGGCACUGAAUCAACACUUGAAUCG